AAGCCGUACUCCUGCUCUGACUGUGGAAAGAGUUUCUCUCAACUGGGCACCUUAAAACAACAUGAACGUAUACACACAGGAGAGAAGCCUUACUCCUGCUCUAAAUGUGGAAAGAGGUUCUCUGUACUGGACCACUUAAAAACACAUGAACGUAUACAUACGGGCGAGAAGCCUUACUCCUGCUCUGACUGUGUAAAAUGCUUCACAACAUCAACUGAGCUAAAAGUUCAUCAGAGAACACACACAGGAGAAAAGCCUUACUCCUGCUCUGAUUGUGUAAAAUGCUUCACAACAUCAACUAGGCUAAAAGUUCAUCAGAGAACACACACAGGAGAGAAACCUUACUUCUGUUCUGACUGUGCGGUGAGUUUCUCCCUACUGGGCCACUUAAAACGACAUGCACGGAUACACACAGGAGAGAAGCCUUACUCCUGCUCUGACUGUGGAAAGAGUUUCUCUCUACUGGGCCACUUAAAACGACAUGAACGUAUACACACAGGAGAGAAGCCUUACUCCUGCUCUGACUGUGGAAAGAGUUUCUCUCUACUGGGCCACUUAAAAAGACACCAACAUAUACAUAAGGGAGAGAAGCCUUACUCCUGCUCUGACUGUGGAAAGAGUUUCUCUCGACUGGGCCGCUUAAAAACACAUGAACAUAUACAUACAGGAGAGAAGACUUACUCCUGCUCUGAUUGUGUAAAAUGCUUCACAACAUCAACUGGGCUAAAAGUUCAUCAGAGAACACACACAAAAGUUAAGCUUUACUCCUCUUUUGACUAUGGGAAGAGUCUCAACUGAACGACUUAAACAACAUGAACAUAUACACAGGAGAGAAUCUUUUCUCCUGCUCUGACUGUGGAAAGAGUUUCUCUCUACUGGGCCACUUAAAAAGACACCAAGGUAAACAUAAAGGAAUUGAAUUGGAUCAAAUGAAUAAAGUGUAGAACACUCUAUUGUAAUCCUAUUGUUUCUCACUGUGAGAGAACUGUGCAGAGGAAAGGGAGCGUUAUAGAAUGUUAGCCUCUCUUUACUUUACUGAUCAGUGUGCACCUGGUCAGUUUUGGUGUUUUGUUAGCUUCUACUGUAGAGAUAUUGAGAUGACGUUGUAUUUGCCCUAAGGGUUGAAUAUCCUGUGAAGUGUCUCACAAUGGAUUCUGAUGGUUGACUGGGUGGUACUGCUUCCCUCUGCAGUUUUCUGUGGGAAUGAGCUAGUAGACACAACCUACACUGAGUGUACAAAACAUUAAGGACACCUGCUCUUUCCAUGAGAUAGACUGACCAGGUGAAAGCUAUGAUCCUUAAUGAUGUAGUUUUUUGUGUAUUUAUUAUGGAUCCUCAUUAGCCUUCAGCAAAAAUCAACAAACUGCGGUUGCAGUGGGCUAAGAAAUGAAAACACUGGACACUAGAAAAUUGGAAAACUGUUUUCUGGUCUGAUGAAUCCCUGUUCCUGCUGUUUCACGCUGAUGGGAGGACUAGGGUAUGGAGGAAACCACUGCAUCC